AUUAAUAAUAAAUUGAUUAAAAAUGGAUUAUGAUGGAGAGGCUAGUUAAUUUCCAGAUGUAUCUAGAUUUAGUUUCAAUCCAAAUGGAGUCUUACAUCCUAAGCCAAUAUAUUCAUAAGUUUCAUUUGCAGGAGUGAAGAAGAAAAGCUUUUCAUUACAUGGUUCUAAGAAUAAAGGAUUGAGAAAUUUGAGUUACAAGGUGAAAAAAAUAAUAGAAUCAGAGUCACAGACUACAUAUAGAUUUGUAGCAGAUAAGUUAGUAUCUGAGGAUAGUGAAUAGAAGAAAGAAGAAUAGAAUGUGAAGCGUCGAGUUUAUGAUGCAUUGAAUGUAUUGAUAGCUGCAGGUGUGAUAAUAAAGAAGAAGAAGUUCUUAGUUGCUACACCUGAGACUUUUAAAAGUGGGAAGUACUAUAUGAUCUUAAUAGGGUGCCAUAAUAAAGAAAAAUGGUAGAAGAUAAAAGAAGAUUAAUAAAAUAGAGCUAAAAAGCGUCAAGUAUUAAAUCAUAAAAAACAAUAUUUGAUUGAUUUAGUUAAGAAAAUGCUUUGUGUUCGUCAUAUUAUUACUAAAAAUAAUAAUAAUAAGAGUCUUCCUAAUAGUUAGAAUGCUGCUGAAACGUAUCUUUAAUUAUUUAUAUAGAUUCUUAAAAGAUGAAAAAGUUGAACCGUCUUAAAUUCUUUGUAGUUAACAAAGUAUCUAAAGUGGAAUCUUAUUAAAUUCAAAUGUCUAACCACAAAUUAUAUUUUAAUUACCUCUUCUAGCAUUCUGGAAUAAACCAGAUGAUGUAAUUUAACUAUUAAUUAACUAAAUAGCUUAAGAUAGUAAUUAAAUCAAAAAAGGAAGUUACCUUGUCAACUAAGAAGAGCUGUUCUUUUAUGACUGAAGUAGACAUUAUUUAGAAUAUUUAACAAUAAACUUUAAUGUCAAAAGUUUUUGAUGAUAAGGCUUUUGUUAAUUUCUAUUUGAACUUAACCAAAAAUUGA